GCCGGCAGUCUCCCCAGCGGCCCCCAGGAUGCCUGAGGCUAAGACCGGUUUCCAAGAAGCCAUGCGAUGCAAGAAAAAGAAACAGCCAGCGCGCCGUACGGUCAGCCAGAUCUGUCCACCUCCGCGGCGGCCCCUGACGGUGGCCGACAUCCGGCCCGGCAUGGAGAACGAGAGGCUGGGAGUAGUGAGGGAUUCCAUGUUUCAGAACCCGCUCAUCGUCAAGGCUGAACUUGGCAAGCCCCGGGAAAGAAGUUGUAGUCUGCCUGGAAUUAAUUUUAAUUAUGGACUCUAUAUCCGGGGGACAGAUGGAGGGGUCCCUGCAGCCCUUGGACACUGGAAUGUGUUCAAGCAACAGCCCACCUGCCCCCAUGAGCUGACCCGAAAUUACAUUGCAAUGAACCGUGGAGCUGUGAAAGCUGGCCUGGUAACAGCCCGGGAGAAUUUCCUCUACCGCCGGCUCAAUGACAUCCGCAUCAGUGACCAGGAAGACCGGCACACAAAGAAGGAGCUGCCAGCUUUACCUCCAAACAUGACGUUUGGGACCCGUGCACGGCCUUCAACACCUUUCUUCGAUCUGCUGCAGCACCGAUACCAGCAGCUGUGGGUGCAGGAGCAAAAGGCCACCCAGAAAGCCAUUAAAAUGGAGAAAAAGCACAAGGUGAUCCUUGGGAAGCUGUAUGAGACCCGGAGUAGUCAGCUGAGAAAGUACAAGCCACCUGUGAAGCUGGAUGCACUCUGGCAAAUGCCUCACUUUCAGAAGGUGGGGCCCCAUCUCCAUACAUUCCCUACUGAAGCUGAUCGACAGAGAGCACUCAAAGCUCACCGAGAAGAGUGUGCUGUGCGCCAAGGUGCCCUGAGAAUGGGCAACUACACCCACCCUUAG